AUGAAAGCAUACCAGGUCGGCAACAUCGACUUACCGGUCACAUUUGGCAGCAAAUCCAACUUACGCACCGAGACCCUCACGUUCGAGGUCGUGGACUGGAAGGGGGUAUAUCAUGCCAUUCUUGGGCGCCCUGCCUAUGCCAAGUUUAUGGCGGUGCCCAACUACACCUACCUCAAGCUCAAGCUGUCGGGCCCAAACGGUGUCAUCACUAUGACCGGCUCUUUCGAACAGGCCUACGUGAGCAGUCGCGAGUAUUAUGACCUCGCCACCACCGCGGCAAACUCGGCUGAGCUCGGCCAGCUUCACGCCACCACCGCCGAGUACCGCCCUGACCCUGGCAAGCCUAACCAGGCACCGGCCUUCGUCUCAACCAACGAGACCAAGUCGGUCACGGUCGACGACAUCGACCCAACCAAAACGGUGCGGAUCGGCUCCCAGCUGCCGGCCAAAUAG